UAUGAUGAUAGCGUUGGAGAUCUAACUAUAGUCUAUGAUGAUAGUGUAGGAGAUCUAACUGUAGUCUAUAAUGAUAGUGUUGGAGAUCUAACUAUAGUCUAUAAUGAUAGUGUUGGAGAUCUAACUAUAGUCUAUGAUGGUAAUGUUGGAGAUCUAACUAUAGCCUAUGAUGAUAGCGUUGGAGAUCUAACUAUAGUCUAUAAUGAUAGUGUUGGAGAUCUAACUAUAGUCUAUGAUGGUAAUGUUGGAGAUCUAACUAUAGUCUAUGAUGAUAAUUUUGAAGGUCUAAGUAUAGUCUAUGAUGAUAGUGUUCGUGAUCGAACUAAAGUCCACAGGUGA